GCGGGUUGAGCAGUGGCAAGGCGAAAAGAAGAAGACGGGCUGCUGAGUAAAUGUGACUUUUUUUACAGUUUUACGGCAACUUGGAUUCAAUUCGAACUUAGCUACGACUACGUUAUUUUCCCACGAAACGGAAGUUGAGUUUGGAGCGACGGAGUGUUACCUGAAGUGAAGAUUGAAGACGUGAUAGAAGAUGGACGACUACUGCUAUGCUAAGAUGGUGACGUCAUGUCAAAGACAACAUGAAAGACAAUCAGAAACUUCCAGCAAAUCACCGACGGAGAAAAUGAUAAAAACUGAAGAUGAAGGCGUCCAGCAGCUGAUUGGUCAUCCAGAAAAACUUCUUCCUCAGUCAGGCAGGAGCUCCACUUUGAAGCAGGAGACUCCACAGCCACCUCACAUUAAAAAGGAAGAGGAGGAACUCUGGAUCACUAAGGAGGGAGAUUGUCAUCUAGGACGAGAGGAAGCUGAUCUAUCCAAGUUUCCACUGACUGUUGUCUCUGUGAAGACUGAAGAUGAUGAAGAGAAACCACAAGUAGACAACCUCUUAGCUCCACUAUCAGAUAGUGAGGCUGAAGAUGAGGUUGAAGUGUCUUUGAGCAGCGAUACAGACUGUGAAGGUGAUAUGAGGACUCACACUGACAACAAACACACAAAAAAGAAGCAAGGAAAAACGUGUUUGAACUGCCCGGUUUGUGGAACAAUAUACACCAAAAAGAGCUAUUUGACUGAACAUAUGAGAACGCACACAGGAGAAAAACCAUUUAAUUGUUUAGUUUGUGAUAAAAGGUUUUCUAGGAAGAGGCACGUGAUUCGUCACAUGACAACGCAUGCAGAAAAAAAAUGUCGUUGCUUUGUUUGUGAUAAAAGAUUUUUUUUCAGUCAAAGUUUGACAAGGCACAUGAGAACGCACACCGGGGAAAAACCCUUUAAUUGUUUAGUCUGCGGUAAAAGCUUUUCUCAAAAUAGCCAUUUGACUCAACACGCACGAACACACACAGGAGAAAAACCAUUCAGUUGUGCAGUUUGCGGUAAAAGCUUUUCUCAAGGCGGCUAUUUGAGUGAACACAUGAGAACACACACAGGAGAAAAGCUAUUUAAUUGUUCGGUUUGUGGCAGAAGCUUUACCCAAAAGAUUCCUCUGACCAAACACAUGAGAACGCACACAGGAGAAAAACCAUUUAAUUGCUCAGUUUGUGGCAGAAGCUUUUCUCAAAAGAGCAACUUGACUAAGCACAUGAGGACGCACACGGGAGAAAAACCGUAUAAUUGUCCAGAUUGCGGCAGAAGCUUUUCUCAGAAGAACACUCUGACUGAACACAUGAGAACACACACGGGAGAGAAACCAUUCAGUUGUUUAGUUUGUGGCAAAAGCUUUACCAAAAAGGUUUGUUUUACCAAACACAUGAAAACGCACACAGGAGAAAAAAACACUUAAUUGUUCCUUUUCAAGAGAGAAAUCUCACUCAGAACAUAAAACCCACUCGACAUAAUACAAACCCCCUUUCCAUGUGAGUUGGGAAAUUGUGUUAGAUGUAAAUAUAAACAGAAUACAAUGAUUUGCAAAUCAUUUUCAACCCAUAUUCUGUUGAAUAUGCUACAAAGCCAACACAUUUAAUGUUAAAACUGAUAAACGUUUUGUUUUCUUUGCAAAUAAUAAUUAACUUAGAAUUUGAUGCCAGCAACACGUGACAAAAAGUUGGGAAAGGUGGCAAUAAAUGCUGAUAAAGUUGAAGAAUGCUCAUCAAACACUUAUUUGGAACAUCCCACAGGUGUGCAGGCUAAUUGGGAACAGGUGGGUGCCAUGAUUGGGUAUAAAAGCAGCUUCCAUGAAAUGCUAAGUAAUUCACAAACAAGGAUGGGGUGAGGGUCACCACUUUGUAAGCAAAUUGUCGAACAGUUUUAGAACAACAUUUCUCAACGAGCUAUUGCAAGGAAUUUAGGGAUUUUACCAUCUACGGUCCGUAAACUCAUCAAAAGGUUCAGAGAAUCUGGAGAAAUCAUUGCACGUAAGCGAUGAUAUUACAUACCUUUGAUCCCUCAGGCGGUAUUGCAUCAAAAACCGACAUCAAUGUGUAAAGGAUAUCACCACAUGGGCUCAGGAACACUUCAUAAAACCACUGUCAGUAACUACAGUUUGUUGCUACAUCUGUAAGUGCAAGUUAAAACUCUACUAUGCAAAGCGAAAGCCAUUUAUCAACAACACCCAGGAACGCCGCCGGCUUCGCUGGGCCCGAGCUCAUCUAAGAUGGACUGAUGCAAAGUGGAAAAGUGUUCUGUGGUCUCACAAGUCCACCUUUUAAAUUAUAUUUGGAAACUGUGGAUGUGGUGCCCUCCGCAACAAAGAGGAAAAUAACCAUCCAGAUUGUUACAGGUGCAAAGUUGAAAAGCCAGCAUCUGUGAUGGUAUGGGGGUGCAUUAGUGCCCAAGGCAUGGGUAACUUACACAUCUGUGAUGGUAUGGGGGUGUAUUAGUGCCCAAGGCAUGGCUAACUUACACAUCUGUGAAGGCACCAUUAAUGCUGAAAGGUUCAUACAGGUUUUGGAACAACAUAUGUUGUCAUCCAAGCAACGUUAUCAUGUAUCAUGUAUCAAAAACCCUGCUUAUUUCAAUAAGACAAUGCCAAGCCACAUGUUACAACAGCGUGGCUUCGUAGUAAAAGAGUGCGGGUACUUUCCUGGCCCGCCUGCAGUCCAGACCUGUCUCCCAUCGAAAAUGUGUGGCGCAUUAUGAAGCGUAAAAUAGGACGGCGGACUGUUGAACGACUGAAGCUCUACAUCACGGGCAGGGAACCUAUGGUUCUGGAGCCAGAUGUGGCUCUUUUGAUGACUGCAUCUGGCUCCCUGAUAAAUCUGAGCUGACGUUGCUUAACACGAUAAGUAAUGAAUAAUUCCACUUGUAAUCACAGUGUUAAAAAUAACGUUCAAAAUAUAAAACAUUCUCAUGCUUUUUAAUGUUCAAGAAGUUGCAAUAAUGGUAAGAAGUAAUUUAUUUAUUAUUGGUUAGUGUGGGGCUUGCCCUCCUGGGGGUUCUUCAGACCACCAAGAGCCUGUUUUAGGUUUACAAUAUUGUUUUAUUUUACUCUCAGUUGCUUUCCAGCAAUUGUCUUUUUCUCUUUCGUCCUCACUCGUGCUCUGGCUCCAGCCCCAACCCAGUCUCUCCUCCUGGCUGCUGCUUAUAACAGAGCGACAGGUGAUUAGAUAACAAGGCCCAAAUGGGCCAUCUACGCACCUGUCGCUGAUUUCGAGGCCGGUCCUGGCAACAUCCUGCUUUGCUGCAGGCCCGCAGGCCACGCCCCCUCCACAGUUAGCUUCAGAAUAACAAUGUUAUUACAAAGAAUAAGAGACCUACUAUACUCUGGAAAUGUUGGUCUUACUUAAAAAUGCACGCGUUUAGUUGUGUUCAGUGUUAAAAAAAAUAUUAUAUGGCUCUUAGGGAAAUACAUUUUAAAAUAUUUGGCUUCUUGGCUCUCUCAGCCAAAAAGGUUCCCGACCCCUGAUCUACAUAAAUCAAGAAGGGGAAAGAAUUCCGCUUUCAAAGCUUCAACAGUUAGUUUUUUUUCAGUUCCCAAACGUUUAUUGAGUGUUGUUAAAAGAAAAGGUGAUGUAACACAGUGGUGAACAUGCCCUUUCCCAACUACUUUGGCACGUGUUGCAGCCAUGAAAUUCUAAUUUAAUUAUUAUUUGCAAAAAGAAAAAUAAAGUUUAUGAGUUUGAACAUCAAAUAUGUUGUCUUUGUAGCAUAUUCAACUGAAUAUGGCUUGAAAAGGAUUUGCAAAUCAUUUUAUUCCGUUUCUAUUUACAUCUAACACAAUUUCCCAACUCAUAUGGAAACGGGGUUUGUAAUAUCUGAGCAUACUGACUGCAAGAACCCCACUCAAAGUCUGAAUGUGUUUUUUUAGGGUCUGACGUCAAAAAACAGUCGUUCAUGAGUUUGCUACGCUCAGCAAUAAGAAUGGAGUCCAGUAUGGACUACACCCUUGGUCAUGUUUUUGUUGAUUUCUCUUUCUUAUUCAAUAAAUGUCCUUAUCUUCUUCUCAGCACUUUCCUUCAAGUUUACUUUCUUUCUUCUCCUGGUUGAAAAAACCAAAUUGCUAUAAGCUAAUGUUAGCAAGUAGGACCAGAUGUUUGGCGCAGGUCUUAGAGGGAUAACUAUGACAUUCACUACUGGUGCCGAUGUUAGUAACUCAAACUUUUGCUCUUAACACAAAACAUAACAAUCGAGCCAAAAGACAACUCUGAGAAUGUCACGCCCAUGGGGUUCAUGUUUUGUUUUAGUCAUGUUCAGUUUAGUUUUUGGGAUAUUCGGUUCUUGUUCCUGCGCUUCCUUGUUUUUCUUAUUUCCAUAGCAACUCAUUAGUUUCCACCUUGUCUUCAAGUCACGCCCCUGUCCUCAGUUCUCACACCUGUUCAUAAUUAUCAUAGCUAUUAUUUAAGCCACAGUUACCAGGUAGUCAGCCUGGCAACUUCGUAUUCCUCAACCCCCUUCAUGCCAUACCAUGCUGUUCAUUCAUUCUGUCCAUGCCACGUAAGUUUUUUUGUUAUUCAUGCCACAGUGCAAGUGUUUAUUACAUGUAUAUAGUUUGUAGCCUUUGUGCUAGUCUUUUGGUUUUUCAUUAGUCAAGUUCGUUCUCCGCCAUUGUGCGCGCCAUUUGUUUGCCUUUUUGUUAGUUAUGGUGUUUAAAAAUAAAAAUGUACUCACAUUCAUGUCUGGCUCGUGCCAAUUUUCCUUUGCAUCGGAGAAACAAUCCAAGUCGUGACAGAGAAUACACUCUUAAAGGGGAACUGCACUUUCUUUUGGGAUUUUGCCUAUCACUCACAAUCCUUGUGUAAGACAAGCACACAUGUUUUUCUAUUUUUAUGCAUUCUAACUUGUAAAUAAAUACGAGCAAAUGUACAAUGGAGCCUAUGGAUGUCGCUCGUUUUUGCCGAUAAAGCGCUUAAAAAACACCCAAAAACUUCCAUCAAGAUUUCAUAUAUGUCAGAGUUUGUUUGUGUCGAACCCCAAGGUGCAGAGAUGGAGGCAGGCAUGGAGUGAGAAAACGUGGUUUUAAUAUAAAAUACAAGAACAAAACCAAAAAAAGGGUACAAACAAAAAAGCACGCACGUGGGCGGAUAACAAACUAAGAGAUCUAGCAUGGGAGCUAGAAAUCAAAAAGGAACUUUCGCAUGGAAAACAGAAGUCGUACUUGUACAUAGAAAACAAAACGGAAGCAGGGAACAAAAGACAGUAAGCUGAAAAAAACGUUUAUCAAACAUAGCUUACCGCAACGCUGCAUUGACACAUCAAGAUACGACACGACAGGUAGCAAAGACAAGUGCGACAUGUGGCAACGACAAUAAUCCAGCCACUGACUCAAGACAAAGCAGCUACAAAUAGGAGCGGGCUGAUUGACAACAGGUGUGGCCAGGUGCCAAUCAGCCGCAGCUGAGGGAAAACAGCACACAGGGAGACAAACAGGAAG